UUUCAGUCGGAGCUAAUUUUCUUGCGAGUUCCCAGUUGUUUUGAACGCGGCAAUAGUCCAGGGAAAAGGCUGGAGCUUUGAGGUCAGGCCACAAUUUUUCGCAGGCGGAUUAAAAAUGGCGCCGCAUUAUGUACUAAGGUGCUGUCAGCGGAGUUUAGCUUGGAUACCUGUUAUUUUCAUCAACCUUGUCGUUGGCUGGUCUUAUUAUGCAUACGUCGUUGAACUCUGUAUCUGUAAGUAUAACAUUCUCGGUUUUUUGGAGGGUUAACGUGGCUUGUUUCCUCAUUGAAACAAAGUUGGCUUACUGCUUGCUUGCCCGUCUGGAGGAUGUGUAGCCAGGACUCGGAGACAGUAGUUGACAGUAGUUUACAGUAACUUGGUCGGACGAAAUCAGGUUGAUAAUAUAUGGCUCAUUGUCACCACGGUAAAAGUGUGGAAAUGAUCAACUACAAUGUAACACUCGCUACUUGGGUAGCCAAUCAUGCCCAUAGAUAGAAGCCACUGUUGCUAGAAGGAAAUGGACAGACACAUGUACGUAGUCAAAUUGACUGGAAACUAUCCUCGUCCCAGAUUGGAAUAGAGGGGAUUUUGGAAUAAUUUUGUCCGAUCUCAGACCUUAUUUCUUAUUUUGACAUUGUUUAGCUUCGGUCGCAUUUUGGCUAUAUAAUUCUGCCUUGGAUUUUGUGCCAAGCAUCUUAAGAGCCAUUUGAUGUGAGGCUACUUUGGCCUCAAAUGCGCUUAUUCCCAUACUGCUGACCAGCUGACUCCUCAUGUGAACCUCACUGUUUCCGCUCACUGUUACUAACCUGUUUAGCCUGUUUCUGUGGGCUGCUGCUGAUGGUACAAUGACAUGCCAUAGUCAGGGGCAUCCCUUCAGCAGGGCAAACAAAGCGUUCUGUGACAGGUGUGUCCCCCGCUGGUAGUACCAGGCUGCUGCUGGGGGUUGAGAGAAGGGGGAAGUAGAUUUUUUAUUUAUUUUUUUAUUUCACCUUUAUUUAACCAGGUAAGCCAGUUGAGAACAGGUUCUCAUUUACAACUGCGACCUGGCCAAGAUAAAGCAAAGUAGUGCAAUAAAAACAACACAGAGUUACAUAUGGGGUAAAAAAAAACAUAAAGUCAGAAAUACAACAGAAAAUAUAUAUACAGUGUGUGCAAAUGUAGCAAGUUAUGGAGGUAAGGCAAUAAAUAGGCUAUAGUGCAGAAUAAUUACAAUAGUAUUAACACUGGAAUGCUAGAUGUGCAAGAGAUUAUGUGCAAAUAGAGAUACUGGGGUGCAAAAGAGCAAAAUAAAUAACAAUAUAGGGAUGAGGUAGUUGGGUGGGCUAAUUUCAGAUGGGCUGUGUACAGGUGCAGUGAUCGGUAAGGUGCUCUGACAACUGAUGCUUAAAGUUAUUGAGGGAGAUAAGAGUCUCCAGCUUCAGAGAUUUUUGCAAUUCGUUCCAGUCAUUGGCAGCAGAGAACUGGAAGGAAUGGUGAUGUGAGCCUAGUACUGUAACUCAGCAGACACAUCAAUCAGAGGCCCUCUCUAAACUCUCUCUCUCUGUACCCCCUUGUCUCUUUCAGUUACAAUCCCAAAUAAUGCAGAAAAAAGUAAGUAACAUUCAGAAACAUUUGGUGCAUUUAAGACUGACUGUCUUGGGCCCACACACAAUCACACCACCUUGGGCCCACACACAAUCACACCCACCUUGAACCCACACACAAUCACACCACCUUGGGCCCACACACAAUCACACCACCUUGGACCCACACACAAUCACACCACCUUGAACCCACACACAAUCACACCACCUUGAACCCACACACAAUCACACCACCUUGAACCCACACACAAUCACACCACCUUGGGCCCACACACAAUCACACCACCUUGGGCCCACACACAAUCACACCACCUUGAACCCACACACAAUCACCCCACCUUGAACCCACACACAAUCACCCCACCUUGAACCCACACACAAUCACACCACCUUGAACCCACACACAAUCACACCACCUUGAACCCACACAAACUCUACUGUGUCUACGUGACACUGAUGUACACAGUUGCGAUAUGGUUAAUAUGAUCUGGUACUUGUGAUUUAGACAUGGUAAACUAAAUACUUGUUUUGCAUGGGGUGAAAAGCUGUGAUUUAGGUUACAAGGGAUACUUUGGGAUUUUGGCAAUGAGGCCCUUUAUCUACUUCGCCAGAGUCAGAAGAACUAGUUGAUACCAUUUUUAUGUCUCUGUGUCCAGUAUGAAGGAAGUUACCAAUAGACUUCUGGUCAUUGCGCUAGUUAGCAACUUCCUUCAAAUUGCACUCAGAGACAUAGAAAUGGUAUCCACGAGUUCAUCUGACUCUGGGGAAGUAGAUAAAAGGCGUAUUGCCAAAAUCCUUUAACUCAUGGAUAUAAUUGCAUUAUAUUUGAUCUCUGGUAUGAGGUAUGAAUGGUGUCUCUUGCUUCUUCUCUCCAACAGUAUCAUACCUAGUUGUCUUUCACCUGUUCUUCAUCAUGUUCAUCUGGUCCUACUGGAAGACUAUCUGCAGCAGGCUCGCCAACCCCUCUAAAGAGGUAUACGGAGAGUGUGUGUAUCUGUCUUUGUCAGUAGUACCGUACUCACUCUACCUCCCGUGAUAUGCUACAUCACAAUGCCAGGGGAGUAGGCAGGGCGGUUCCUAAGGCACUCUGUAAUUACAGCAUAUGUUAACAUAGGACAGGUUUUGUAUGUGUGUGUGAGCGUGUGUGUGUGUGUGUAUGUGGUAGGCUUGGGCGAUACCCCGGUAUAAACGGUAUUUUGAAAUACCGAUAGUAUGAUUUUUAAUAAGAAAUAAUAAUAUUUGGGGCAUUCCCGCCUCGUGCUACGGCACUGCUUAUAACUAUAAGUUAUGUAUAACUAUAAAAAAUCUAAGAUGUGUCAAAUAAAUUAUAUCCAGCUCAGGGCUCCAGCUAUGCAUUUGGUUUUCUAACUUGCUAGCUAAGUUGCUAGAUGUCAAGAUCAAGCUUCUUGGUUACAGCAGAGACAUUCAAUCCCCUCCUGGAUCAAGAUCCCUAUUGCCUAAAUAGUUUUGUGUGUAAAAAAUAAAUAUAUCUCUCUCUUGGAAAGGUGUUCUUAAUGUAUACACAGACAAAAGUAUGUGGACACCCCUUCAAAUUAGUGCAUUCAGCUAUUUCAGCCACACUUGUUGCUGACAGGUGUCCGCAUACUUUUGGUCAUGUAGUGCGUCUCUAUUUCUCCGAUAGAUAUAGCUUGGGCGGUAUACCGUGGUAUUUGGAAAAAGCCAUGGGAUGGUAUUUCAAUACCGUCAACUAUUUCUUUUAAGUUUUUUAAUAAAUGUGAAUAUUUGUAGCUACUUUUUAAGUUAACACCUGCUGUCAACUUGUGUAAUACGUUAGGCGAUAAAGCAGAUUGCGUUCUUAGUUUCACCUGUCACAUUAUUUUACAUUAUGAAGCUUACCAUAGUUCCCCAGAACUGUCACGUGUUUCUUUGUAAACAGCACAACGGGAUAAAGCGAGCUGGUGAGUCCAUAGCAUUCUAUAUCUAUCGGUGAGUCUCUGUUGUGAGGCGCACAUGAGGUGAUGAAGUUACUUGUAUGCAGUUCACUACUAAAUAUUUGCCAUCAGAUAUCGUAUAAUGGCAUUCUGACAGAAGUCAGAGCUCUGGAUGAGUUAUCUGUACAGCUGCCAUUUUUUCCCUGUGCUUCCUGCUAAAGUUUUUUUUUUCUCUGUUCUUCUCCCAUCUGCUCCAUGUACACAUGCUGCUCUUCCAUCAGAAAAGCAUGCAUCACAACUUUGUUUAUUUACACAAUUUCUCUCGUUCACUUCUAAAUAACAUUCUGUAUCUACUAGCUAUGCUUGCAUAACUUUGAGCUGGAUUUUCCUGUUUUUGCAAUUAGGUUGUUCGUUUUCGCUCUGGAUACCGCCCAAGCUUUAUACAGUGCGUUCGGAAAGUAUUCAGACCCCUUGACUUUUUCCACAUUUUGUUACGUUACAGCCUUAUUCUAAAAUGGAUUAAAUAAAAAAAAAAAUCAGGUCCCACAGUUGACAGUGCAUGUCAAAGCAAAAACCAAGCCAUGAGGACAUCCAGCCAACUUGACACAACUGCCGUAGAGUUCCGAGACAGGAUUGUGUCGAGGCACAGAUCUGGGGAAGGGUACCAACAAAUUUCUGCAGCAUUGAAGGUCCCCAAGAACACAGUGGCCUCCGUCAUUCUUAAAAGGAAAAAGUUUGGAACCACCAAGACUCUUCCUAGAGCUGGCCGCCCAGCCAAACUGAGCAAUCGGGGGAGAAGGGCCUUGGUCAGGGAGGUGACCAAGAACCCGAUCGCCACUCUGACAGAGCUCUAGAGUUCCUCUGUGGAGAUGGGAGAACCUUCCAGAAGGACAACCAUCUCUGCAGCACUCCACCAAUCAGGCCUUUAUGGUAGAGUGGCCAGACGGAAGCCACUCCUCAGUAAAAGGCACCUGACAGCCUGCUUGGAGUUUGCCAAACGGCACCUAAAGGACUCAGACCAUGAGAAACAAGAUUAUCUGGUCUGAUGAAACCAAGAUUGAGCUCUUUGGCCUGAAUGCCAACCGUCACAUCUGGAGGAAACCUGGCACCAUCCCAAUGGUGAAGCAUGGUGGUGGCAGCAUCAUGCUGUGAGGAUGUUUUUCAGCGGCAGGGACUGGGAGACUAGUCAGGAUCGAGGGAAAGAUUAACGUUGGAAAGUACAUAGAGAUCCUUGAUGAAAACCUGCUCCAGAGUGCUCAGGACCUCAGACUGGGGUGAUGGUUCACCUUCCAACAGGACAACGACCCUAUGCACACAGCCAAGACAAUGCAGAAGUGGCUUUGGAACAAGUCUCUGAAUGUCCUUGAGUGGCCCAGCAAGAGCCCGGACUUCAACCCGAUCUAACCUCUCUUGAGACCUGAAAAUAGCUGUGCAGCGAAGCUCCCCAUCCAACCUGACAAAGCUUGAGAGGAUCUGCAGAGAAGAACGGGAGAAACUCCCCAAAAUGCAGGUGUGCCAAGCUUGUUGCGUCAUACCAAAGAAGACUCAAGGCUGUAAUCGGUGCCAAAGGUGCGUCAACAAAGUGCUGAGUAAAGGGACUGAAUAGUUAUGUAAAUGUGAUAUUUCUGUUUUUUAUAAACUUGCAGAAAUGUCUAAACCUGUUUUUGCUUUGUCAUUAUGGGGUAUUGUGUGUAGAUUGAUGGAAAAAUAACGAUUUAAUCAAUUUUAGAAUAAGGCUGUAACAUAACGUGGAAAAAGUCAAGGGGUCUGAAUACUUUCCAAAUGCACUGUGUGUGUGUAUAUGUGUAUGUGUGUGUAUGUGUGUAUAUAUAUAUAUAUAUAUAUAUAUAUAUGAAAUAAAUAGCACCCCUUGUUUGCACAUUCGGUAAUACUGUAUGGUACAGAAACAGUAUUAAAAUCUGGAUACUGCCCAACCCAAGUGUAUGGUUUUGAAGGGGAUUUGCCCUCAAUCUCAAGUUACUAUUUUCACAUUUCCACUGUGCCCUAAUUUCUAGAUCCAUGACUACAGGUAAUAACAUACUUUGAGAAACACCUUUCUGUCUUCCUAUCAGUUCUGUCUGCCCAAAGAGGAGAAGGAGCAGUAUGAGAAGGAGGACCCAGACACUCAGCAGGAGGUCCUGAAGAAAGUGGUGGUAGGAUUGCCUGUCUACACACGCACUGGGACAGGAGGUGAGAAUGUUACUGCCACCCACCCCCAACUCACCAUGUACACAUCCAACAAGGUUGCCAAAUAGAAUUGAUGUGCUAUUUUAUGUAGUUGGGAUAUACAGUCAGUUCCCAAAUUAUUGGCACCCUUGAUAAAGAUGAGAAAAAGGACUGUAUGAAAUAGAUCAUACAAAUACUGAGUUAUAUUGUAUGCUCAAAAAAGAAAAUUAAUAGAUCUACUAAUACAAUUGCUCAGAUUUUGAUUAAAAGUUAUUUUAAAAAAUCUCAAAGCUAGGUGUAAUUUAUUGGCACCCCUGUUUUCAAUACUCCGGCACUUUGCGAGGAUAACUGCACUGAGCCUUUUUUCAAAAAUGUUUUAUGAGAUUGGUGAACACAUUGGGAGGGAUCUUAGACCAUUCCUUUAUACAAAAUCUUUCCAGAUCCUUGAUAUCCUUCAAUCUGCACUUAUGGACUGCCCUCUUCAAUUCAAACUUGUUUUCAAUGGGGUUCAAGUCCGGAGACUGAGAUGGCCAUUGCAAAAUGUUGUUUUUGUGGCCAAUUAACCAUUUCUUUUGAGUUUGAUUAGUGCUUGGGGUUAUUGUUUUGCUGGAAGAGCCACUUGCGACCAAGUUUCAGCUUCUUAGUAGAGGCAACCAGGUUUUUGGCUGAAAUGCCCUCAUAUUUGACCUCCAGGCGUUUUACAUUUGUUGGUUGCGCUCAAUAAAGACUUUAUUUCUGGCAACCCUUCCAAAGAGCCUAAUGGCAUUGAGGUGGCGUCUAAUUGUAGAUUUGGAGACUUGGUGACCCGAAAAUGUGACCAGGUUCUGUAAUUCUACAACGUUGGCCCUUGGAAUUUUCUUUGCCUUGCAAACCAUCUUCCUCACUGUGCGUGGGGACAACAUACACUUGCGUCCAAUACCAGGCAAGUUUACCACUGUUCCAGUGGUUUUAAACUUACUAAUUGUUGCCCUAAUAGUGGUAAGUGGUAUAUUUAUUUUAUGUAUUUUUUUAGCUAUUUCUUUGUACCUAUUGCCAGAUUAUUAUUUUAUUAACAACCAUUUGUCUCUUUUCUUUUGGGAGUGCUUUGCCUUUUCCCAUGGUGAUGGUUGACAGUGAUUUUACAUGCAUGUUCUUAAUUUUUAUACCCCAGUGAAACAGGAAGCCAUGGAAGGCCACAAUACAGUUCUUUACAUUGAGAGAAAAAAGUAGAAUGUUAAUGAAGACGACAUUUUGUUUGUUUGUAUUUAUAAGAAUCUUUAGGAGUGCCAAUAAUUUAGACACCUAUAAUUAUGAGACAAAAAAUUACUUAUUAAACAUCUAUUUCUCUGAGCAAUUGUAUUAGUAUAAAACGAUAACAUUUCCCUAUUUUUUGGGGAGCAUAUAAUAUAUCUCAGUAUUUGAAUAAUUCUAUAGUUUUUUUUUUUUGUUAGUCUUUAUCAAGGGUGCCAGUAAUUUUGGAUCUGACUGUAGUUGCAACACAAGCCUUGGAUUUAAUGCUGAUGAUGAUUGAUCAGGUGUAUGUGUUCUCCACAGCCGUCCGGUACUGUGACCACUGUCAGGUGAUCAAACCCGACCGCUGCCACCACUGCUCCACCUGUGACAUGUGAGUUCAGUUCUAUUUUUUUUAUUUCACCUUUAUUUAACCAGGUAAGCCAGUUGAGAACAAGUUCUCAUUUACAACUGGACGGCCCGGGGUGUUAAGCAUAUCCCAGUUUAGGUCACCAAGCAAUACGAACUCUGAGGAUAGAUGGGGGGCAAUCAAUUCACAUAUGGUGUUCAGGGCACAGCUGGGGGCUGAGGGGUGUCUGUAGCAAGGGGCAACAGUGAGGUGGGGUUCAGAUGAGAUGCACCAUGGACAUAUUUGUAUAAACCUAGAAUUAAUUAAUUAUUUUAUGGGUGAACACUGUACAGUAUAUUACCUUGGAGUUGAAGCACCUAAAAAGAUGCCGCAUAAAAUCAUGGUUCAAAAGACGAUUUUCUCUGAAAAUGUAGCAUGUUUGGAGUGAAUGGAAUGUCAUCACAGGCAUGAUCAAAAAGUGGCCGCUGCUCAAUAGAACUCUGUGGCGCUGCUCCGCUGCAGAACGGCGCUAACUUGGAAUGUCAAUUUACAAGCUAACUAGUGGCUGUAGGUUCGUGAGUAAAAACAUGGGCUUUUUCUAAAUGAAAUCCGCUGAAUACAAAACAAAAUAGGGACUCAUCUCUAUCUCUCUAUCUCUCUCUCUCUCUCGAACAGAUUGUCUUCGCGGAGGGUGGAUAUUGAAAUUCAGUCUAUAUAGAUAUUUACAAAGCUAAAAGACUGAAUUUCAAUAUCCACCCUCCGCGAAGACAAUCUGUUCCUGUUUUCAUUGUGUAUUUUGGAGUUCUUCCCUUUAAAUCGCCAUAGAAACGCCCCUCUCGACAUAGAUUGAUCACCAUAAUAGGCAAUGAAAGCCAAAGAUCUGGAGGUGAAAAUGACGAGGGUAUCAAGUUGAUUUCGAUUGGUCCAACGAGUAGAAACACCUCCAAAUGGUAACGUUACUACCUCACAACGCCAAAUAUGGAAGAGGAUACAACCAGGAGCGGCGCAGUCUAAACUAGCAACGGUCACAGCAAAUGAACGUUCUUAUUUCAUCACCAUUGUUAAGUACAAGUAUAUUAAGGUUAUAAUAUUGUGGAGAAUAACCUAAUGAUUAAUUAAAUGUAAUUUAUGAUUGACAUAGGGCAAAGAAUUUCGUGGCACCCUCUUAAAUUGCCCUGUUUUUUUCUCUACAUUGUACAGCAGUGAGUGAACGCCUUAUACUCUUUCCUCCUCCUUCCCUUGUUUUUCAUGCUGUCGUACUCUCCCUCUCUCUCAGGUGUGUGCUGAAGAUGGAUCAUCACUGUCCAUGGUAUGUAACGCCUCAGUCCAUUCAUGAAGUAUAGUUGCUUAGCAAAGUACACUCUGUGUAUAUUAUUAUAGUUCAGAUCAGACAGUAUUGUCCAUUGUUAAUACAAAAAAAUGCCUGCCCUCAUUUGAAGUCCAUUGUUAAUACUGACUUGAUAGUGAUUGGAUCAGUGUAGAGUUUCAUCCUGUCCAUUCUACUGCAUGAGCUUAUUUUUGAUGUGUUUGGUCUAGUAUAGUAAUGUGAAAAGGAUUACUCAGCUCUCAUAAAGAGAAUUCUGUCGAUUCUCAUCACUUUGUUGUAUAGAGAUGAGAUAAUAUAGACAACUUGUGGACAGAGCAGCACGAGCCACGGUGACUUUUUUUCCUCACUCUCUGUUUCUCUCUCAGGGUGAAUAACUGUGUUGGAUUUUCAAACUACAAGUUCUUUGUCUUGUUUCUGGCCUACUCCAUGCUGUAUUGUGUAUUCAUCGCCGCUACCGUCCUGCAGUAUUUCAUCAAAUUCUGGACAGUAAGUACUACUGAGUAAUACUGUAGCUUCCUGCCUUUCUUCCUUAGCUAGCAAGAGCUUAGUUGUUGAGUGUUAAACAAUGAGAGCAGUAAGAUCCCUGAUCGCAUGUUCCAACUAGCCAAUAUCCCAAAUCCUCUAUAUAAACCACCUCAAACUUGAGCAGUCUGCAUGUCAGGAGAAAUAUGUGUGAAUCCAGUUUAUAUUUAGCUGUGUGAUUGCAGUAAAUAAGCGUGGAACGGGGGGGAGGGAGGAAGUGCAAUUGUGCUAACAUUCAUGAGGACGUUGAGCAGGUGCCGAUAGUUUUGUUUCCCUGUAAUCCUGUUCUGUCCUUUUUAUCUCUCUAAGAUAGUUGCACUCUUAAUUUCUCCACUAACUAUCUAUCUGUCUCUCUCUAAUACUUUGCCUAAAGCUUUGCCGAAGGAGAUCUGUUGAGGAUUGUCCUCAGGUAAAAUGCAUGAUUGUCACCAUCUGAUCGUUGUGGUUAGUCAAAAAGAAAGGUUGCACUUCUUGGAGUAGCCUAUUGUGACUAAGGUAGAGAAGCUCAACCCAUAAUGGCAUUCACAAGGCUUCUGUCUCUCAGAAGUACAAAUUGCUGUUGAAGGAUUCUCUUCAGUAUGUGUCAAACGCUGUUGUCUUGCAACAUAAGCUGUUGUCUGUUCCUCCUUGAGUGGUAAGACUAGGCCUCUGUCCCUGUUUGUGUUAUAUGCUGCCUUGCUUGUGACGAUGAAUGUCCACUGCCAUCUUGGCCAACUGAGGGGGAGUGUGGAGUCGGACAGGACUGUUUUUUUUAGCAUGUCCUAUUUUGCAUAACAACCAAAAGGUCUGUACUGUAUGUAGUACCUUCUGGAGCCAUUCACUGAACAGUCAUAUAGGCUGGGUCUGCGACUCCAGAAUGAGGAGGUCUUCAUGGUCAUUUACAACUGACUGAUGUGUCAUAUCCUGUAUGUCUGUGCAGAAGGUGAACAUUACUACUGUAUGGGGCUGAUGAAGAGUAUGACAUCACUAACGGCUCUUCUUUCUCUCUCCCCUCUCAAGAAUCAGCUGCCUGACACUCACGCCAAAUUCCACGUGUUGUUUCUGUUUUUUGUGGCGGCCAUAUUCUUCAUCAGCAUCCUGUCGCUUUUCAGCUACCAUCUCUGGCUUGUGGGAAAGAACAGGACCACCAUAGGUAGCUGCCGUGCCUCACCAUACUGCAACACAGAAAAACUCAUCCACUAUUGUCUUGAUUGAUUGACACCUUUUUAUUGUUGUUGGUUAUAAUUAGGGGUUCAUAGAGAAGAAACCGAUUUUGUUAUUCUCUGAAUGUUUUUAUUUAUUGACAUGGUCAAAUAACUCAAGCAUAGAUUGGGAACUUUUUUUCUAAUUUGGCACACAAACUAGAUGCCAUGGGUAACUUGGUCCAAAAGAAUGGCACCACUUGGCCUAUUUGUGGCGCUGUUAUAAGCAGUCUGACUUAAACCCUCAUAGCCUUCGCCCUGUUUGACCUAGACCUGAAACCAGUUGUAUGUAGGUGUCUUUCCUCAUUGCUUCAAGGACCCAUAAGGUCAAUCAGGAUGUCUUGAAAACUUUCUCAUGAACCGUAAGUCCAAAUGUGGUAUGUAGGUUCAUGGUACAUGUCUUACCUUAGUUUGAGAAAAGCUGAAGUAAUGGUUAAGAGAUGGCUGAGUUAUUGAUAAAUCAGAUUUUACGUGUCCAUUUAAAUCCUUUGUUAAUCCACUCCACAAUGGUUUAUCAACUUAACUUUUUAGGGUCAUCGAAGACAUUACCAUGGUGAACCAAGUUUGGCAUUGAUAUCUUAAAAAAGAAGGAAACUAUUAACAAUUCACUUUUUUGACUAUGUAAUGCUAAAGCUUAAAAUAAUCAUACAAAAUCUUCUCAUGGACUAAAAGUCUGAUUCCCUCCAAAUGUGGUCUUUGGAUUCAACACAAUGGUCCCUAAAGAGUUUGAGAAAAUAACAUUGAUGCAUUCAAAGAUGGCCACACUAUACCAGUAGAUGCAUAUUAGCACAUACACUAAUAUACUAAAAAUACUUCAAAAAUCUUCUUCUCAUGAAACCAUAGGACCAAAAGACAUGGUACGUGACAUAACUUAGUUUGAGAAAAAAGCUAAGGGAUUGGUCCAAAGAUGGCUGAGGUAUUGAAAAAAAAUACUCUGAAUUUAUGUGUCCAUUUAAACCAGUGGCCUAUCAACUUGAGACUUGUCAUCGCUAUCAUGGACGUCCCUAAGAUGAACCACACUGCAUUUUGUAUUGAUAUCUAAAAAAACAAGGAAACUAUUAACAACUCAUUCUUUGAAUAUGUAACGCUAAUGCUCAAAAUCAUCUGCAAUCAUCUCCUUGUGAAACACACGUCAGAUUCACUCCAGAUUUUGUAUUUAGACUCGUUACAGCAGUCUUUAAUUAUUUUGAGAAUUGUUUUGCAGCAUUCGAAUAUGACCACACUGUACCUAAUAGAUGUACAUGCUAAAAAUACUUUUUAAAUCUUCUCAUGAACUAUAAGUCAGAUUGACUAAAGAAUUGGUAUAUAGACCCAAUAAAUUAGCAUGUAAUGAAUUUGAGAAUGAUUAGUUGCUGCAUUCAUAGUCGGCCACGUUACACCACUGAUGGCACCAUAUCUCACCAGGGCUAUAAGAAAUGAACCGAUGGACAUGGGACCAUGAAAUUUGGUAUAUAUUUUUUACAUUUUAAAUUUGAGUAGACUCUCUUAUCCACAGCAACUUACAGGAGCAAUUAGGGUUAAGUGCCUUGCUCAAGGGCACAUCGACAGAUUUUUCACCUAGUCUGCUCAGGGAUUUGAACCAGCGACCUUUCAGUUACUGGCCCAAUGCUCUUAACCGCUAGGCUACCUGCUUUAUGUAAACCUUAUGUAUAUAAUUAAUAAUAAUAGCUGUGUGAAUAUAAAGCCACUGCAACCUUAAAUGGCUGCACCAGACCAGUUGGUGGCUCUAUAGAUGUCAGUGGCACCAUAGGAUACUAGAGCAAUAACUAUUGAUCAAGUGUCUCAUGCAAAUGAAUGUUAGAUUUUAAUUAUGCAGAUGAUAAUGUGAAAUAUCUUGAUUACUUUCUGUGUAAUCACAUUGUUGCCCUAUUAUGUGGCCUGAACAUAUUGAAAAGUGGAUAAUUUAUUCGGGAAAGUGGAAGUCCUGCCGCUUGCGCAGUCAGCGUAUUACAGCUGUGAAAGUAUAUUGACCUAUUUUUUUUUUUUAAAGCUAAUGUAGAGUGUACCAACUGAGAUUGAAGUAAUUAACACAAACAGAUUUUCACAAAAUAAAGUCCCCGAAUUCAAAGAUGACUGCAAUAUAGCCUACCAAUACACCACAAGAGGUUGGUGGCACGUUAAUUGGGGAGGAAGGACUCAUGUUAAUGGCUGGAGCGGAAUUAGUGGAAUGAUAUCAAAUACAUCGAACACAUGGUUUCAAUGUGUUUGCCAUUCCUUUCGCACCAUUCCAGACAUUUAUUAUGAGUUGUCGUCGCAACAGCCUCAACUGCAAUACAAUAACGCUGAAAAUAUUUCAAGUCAUAAACCAUUAAUCAAAUUGACCACAGAAUUGGAUAAUAAACUCAAUACAUUAAGUAAUGACUUUAAGAAUGACUACCUGCUACAUUCAAAGAUACAGCACUAGACUAAACUUAACUUGUGUCAUCCUUGUGGUAUUGAGCGAUAAACAUGGUAAUGUUGUCACUGAUUGCACAUAAAGGAAGAUGGUUCUUACAUGAUAUUUCUGUUUUGUUAUCCAACUUAUCUUGUGUCCUUUCUGUCAUCUUGUGAACCCUGUUCAUUGCUGCUCGCAACUAAUAUUAUUGGUUUAUUUAUUCUAUGUUUUUUAUUUCAGAGGCUUUUAGGGCUCCUGUCUUCAGAAAUGGCCCAGACAAGAAUGGCUUCUCUCUGGGAUUCAGUAGGAACAUGGCUGAGGUUUUUGGAGACCAGAAGAAGUACUGGAUGUUUCCCAUCUACAGCAGGUGAAAACACCAAGUCACCUAUCCACCAAUUCUGUUGGAGCUUUAGAAUAGUUUUGAAUCUUAGUUAGUCUUGCCUUUUAGUCAAUAAAAACCUAGUUUAGAGAGUUUCACUGUAGGUGUUUAAAUGUCUCUUUCCCCCCUCGCUCUCUCUCUCCGUCGCUCUCUCUUCUCUCCUUUCUCUCUGUCAGUCACGGUGAUGGACACAGUUUUGUCACCCGGUUGGUGAACUUAGAUCCUGAGCAGAUGGCUGGGGGCCUCCAGAUCAACGGCAAAAGGUUGGUUUCUUGGGUUGAUUUCUUUAAAUCCUGAUUUUAAGUAAAUGAUCUCGCCUCAUUCAUGAAGUUUAUACCAGCCUUGUCCUGAAACAGCUCUGUAGAGGGUCCUGCAAGUACCCUUGGCAACAACAUCAACCACAUUGAGGACCAUCAGGAUGGCAGCUUCGACAAAACUGGUAUGUAGAUCCCUGUGAUGUCAAGUAGCCCUGUGUCAAUGAGCUGCAUGAACCUUGAGCUCUUACCUCUCACCCUUGUUUCAGACGUAGCCGAAACGGUCACAGUCACCAUAGAGAGCGAGUCAUAGACAGGUAAGCCUAUGGAUGAGUCCCGUUGAAGUGUGCACAUUUCCUACAGACCUUAGAAGAAACUGAUGACCAUCCAUGAUCAUUGAUUACCAGUUGGCUCAAAUCUGCCAAGAGACCACUGAGCCAUCAACUGUGAUGCUUUACAACCAGCAGAAUCUGUCUCCACAAAAAACAGCCCCUAUCAUCAUGUGCAGUACCCCUACAAAUGUCAAUUAACAGCUCUCGUAUGGCCAUCUUUUCUAUUGCCAUUCUUACAGCCACCAAACAGCAUUCCUGGUACGAUGGACACAACCUGGACUGUCAUAGACGCUACAUCUGUCACCAGAGCUUUCAUCAGCUUUCAGCCUCCGUCUUAAGUCCUCACCAAACACAUAUUCUCUCACAGACACUUCCUUUGUUUUUAACCAAAGCUUUUUUUGUAACUAUUAUUAAUCUCUGGGACUACUCUGUUAUUCAAGCCAAAAAAAUAAGUAUUUGCGCUAGGUCAGAUUAUUUCAGGAAAAGUGCAGGAAAAUAAUUGCUUUACACUUAUACACCUCAGUCAAAUCUGUAUUCACUUGCUUUAUUGGAAAAAAGGAAGUGUACUGUUUCUUACCCCAGUAACUCAGUUACUGGUUUUGAUUGGGUUAAGCCCAGGGAAUACAAUGUUGUGUCUUCAGACCCUGAACGUCUUGCGCACUGUCAGUUGAUUGGAGUGUGUGUACUGUAUGCACUUUACAUUUGAACCCUGUGGAGGGCGCUAAGCAUAUCCAUUGAUUUCAAUAGGCCGUACAGUCCUACAGUAGGUUUAUAUGAAACAAGACUUUAUAGGACCCUUUUCCAAAUCCUUUCCUGCUCUACAUCAUCUUAACUGAAAGCUAGAACCCCUAGUAAAUUAAUGA